UCUACCUCUCGCGAGUUCCGGGCCCCUGCUCGACGACCGCUCUCUCCUCACGCCCCUCUGGCGGGUAUUGCCAUGGUUCACUUCUUGCACCCGAGCAUCUCGCCCCGGACCAUAGCCCUUCCGGACGCUCAGAAGGAUGCCCUGGGCUGCUGCGUGGUGCAGGAGGAGGCAUCCCCCUACUCUUUGGUCAACCUCUGCCUGCACGUCCUGAUUGCCAACCUGGAGAAGUUGUGUUUUAAAAGAUCUGAUGGAACAUUGUGCCUUCCGGAGCAUUGGAGUUUUCCUCAGGAGUUAGCUGAUCGGUUCCUUGAGGUGAUGACUUGGCAAGGCAUGCUGACUGAUAGAACAGCAAGCAUUUUCCAAGGCAACCAAAUGAAACUGAAGCUGGUCAAUAUUCAAAAAGCUAAAAUUUCUACAGCUGCAUUUCUAAAAGCUUUCUGCCAUCACAGACUCAUUAAACUGGAUGCUACUGGAGUGCACACUGACCUCCCAAUUCCAGACAUCAUAAGUGGACUUGGCAGCAAUAGCUGGAUCCAGCAAAACCUCCGGUGUCUCCUGUUGGAUUCGACAAGCACCCCUCCAGAUUCAAGACUACUGUUCUUUGGUCAGCUCACUGGUCUUCGCAUUUUAAGUGUUUUCAAUGUUUGUUUUCAUAGCGAAGACCUGGCUAAUGUUUCUCAGUUACCAAAAUUGGAAAGCUUGGAUAUCUCCAAUACUCUGGUCACUGACAUCUCUGCACUCCUUACCUGUAAGGAUCGACUCAAAUCUCUCACCAUGCACUAUCUGAAAUGCCUGACCAUGACUAAACUACAAAUUCUCGCAGUCAUUAGAGAACUUAAAUAUCUACUUCACCUUGAUAUUUCUGAUCACGGGCAGCUCAGAUCAGAUCUAGCUUUUCAUUUGCUACAGCAGAAAGAUAUCCUGCCUGAUGUUGUGUCACUGGAUAUUUCGGGGAGCAUUUGCAUCACUGAUGAAGCUGUAGAAUUAUUUAUACGGCAGCGGCCUGCAAUGCAAUUUGUGGGACUGUUGGCUACGGAUGCUGGUUAUUCUGACUUCUUUACUACAAAGCAAGGCUUGAGGGUUGCUGGAGGAGCCAAUAUGAGUCAGAUUUCAGAAGCAUUGAGCCAAUACAGGAAUAGAUCGUGUUUUUUGAAGGAAGCCCUCUACAGGCUCUUGACAGAGACGCUUUCAAUGCAGGUGACCAUGCCUGCUAUUUUAAAGUUACAGAAGAAUUGUCUCCUCUCCCUAACCAAUUCCAGGAUUCUUGCGGAUGUUCCAUUUGACAGAAUUGUGAGAAAAAUACUAUUUUUCAGGUUUGAUGCUGCCAAGUUUGUUAUGAGUUGGCUCUGUAAGCAUGAAAACCCCAAGAUGCAAACAAUGGCAGUGAGCAUCACUUCUAUUCUAGCCUUGCAGCUCUCCCCUGAGCAAACUGCACAACUUAAAGAAGAGCUCUUCGAGGCAGUUAAAGAACUCCUAGCAAUAGUAAAACAAAAGACUACUGAGAAUUUAGAUGAUGUCACCUUCUUGUUUACUUUGAAAGCACUUUGGAAUCUUACAGAUGAGUCUCCAGCUGCCUGCAAGCACUUUAUUGAAAAUGAAGGAUUGGCAAUCUUCAUUCAAGUCUUGGAGACUUUUUCAGAGUCAUCAAUACAAAGCAGAGUACUUGGUCUUUUGAACAACAUAGCUGAAGUCAGAGAACUGUCUUCCAAGCUGGUGACUGAAGAUGUGCUGAAGCAUGUCAGCGUCUUGCUCCAUAGCAAAGAGAUAGAAGUCAGCUAUUUUGCUGCAGGCAUCAUAGCCCACCUGACAUCUGACAAACAGCCCUGGGUUUCCGGUGAUCUUCAAAGGAGUGCUCUUCUCCAGGAUCUGUAUACGACCAUCCAGAAUUGGCCAAGUUCAAGUUGUAAGAUGACAGCAUUAGUGACCUACAGAUCCUUAAGGGCAUUUUUCCCACUCCUUGGCAACUUCUCUCAACCACAGGUCCAGCUCUGGGCAGUAUGGGCUUUGUAUCAUGUCUGCGGCAAAAACCCCAGCAAAUACUGCAAAAUGUUAGUUGACGAAGAAGGAUUGCAGCUUUUGUGUGACAUCCAGGAGCACAGGGAGGCAGACCCCCAAGCACAGCAGAUUGCAACUUCCAUUCUAGAUGAUUUCAGAAUGCAUUUGAAUUAUUAG